UCAUUAGCUGGUUCUCAGUGUUGCUUCCUGUCUUCCUUCCCAGCCAUCUGUACUUGGACUUGGACCUGAAUCUUUGCCUUUAAGCUUAUGACUCUUCACUUCUUUGCCAAACAACAGCACUAGAGAUGGCAGGAGUAAAGAAGACAUGAGAAAAAGCUGUAGGCUUAUGUAUGACAGGACCUGACAGCUGGGUGAGCGACUCCAGGAAGCCUUUCUGCUGCAGCUGUCCGACAAGGUGACUCUACAGUCACUGAUGGAAACACCAGAAGCCUGCUCACUUUACUGGAGGAAGUCCACAUCUCCUCCGGGCUGCUGCUUGCUUCAACUUCAGUCGACGCACCACUUCAGAGUAUUUUGGACUGGAUACGACGAGCAGCUUUUCCAACAACAUGGCUUUCUACUUUGUACUGCUUCUUCACAUGUGCCUCCUCAACUGGAGCGCGUGGGCCACGGUGAAUGUGACUAUGCAUGAGGGUGUCGAGGUGUACCUGGGUGACUCGGCUCAGAUCCCCUGCCAGUACAGCUUCACCGACGCUGACAGGCCCAGCUUUGUCAUGAUCCAGUGGUUUGUGCUGAAGAUGGAGGCAGGCAGCGGCAGCUCACGGAUGCGGAUCUUCUACAGCGACGACAAGCUGCAGAUGGCGGACAACAACACCAUCUACAGCGAUCGCAUCAAUGUGACUUCAGACCACCAGGGAGCUCAACUCACCAUCCAAGAUGUCCAGCUCAGCGACGAGCGGGAAUUCUUCUGCCAGGUUAACGGGCUGGCUGCUGGAAACGCUGAGGGCAAGACCCACCUCAGAGUGUACGCUCCUCCAGAUGCUCCUGUGAUCGAGGGUGUCCUUACUGGAAUAUCCAUGACCAACGAUGUGCCAUCGAAGGUUGCAUCAUGUGAGGCUCGCAAUGGUUUCCCUAAACCCAACAUCACCUGGUACAGGAACGGCAUGCCACUGAUGCCUGCAACAGGAUACGUAAACGUGUUGACCCUGGUGGCCCUGGAGUCCAGUGGCUUCUACUCCGUCCAGAGCACAAUGGAGUACAAGGUGGUGAAGGAGGACAAGGACGCCCAUUUCUCCUGUGAAGUCAGCUUCUUUGUCCCAGGAGCCAUCAGGACAGCAGAGUCCAACAGCAUCAACAUCACUGUUCACUACCCCACCACCAUGGUGGAGCUGUGGAAGGAGUUGCCCCAGGGCUUGGUCAAAGAGGGGGAUACUGUGGAGCUCCGUUGCCAGGGUGAUGGCAACCCCCCGCCGCCCUUCAUUUUCAACAGAGAACAAGAGCCAGACAUGGAGUUGGAGAGCAAUCACGCUGAUGUGUUGAUGCUGCCACGAGUGUCACGGAAAGACAGCGGCAUCUACCAGUGUCGCCCUGUGGACACCGAAGACAACUCUGACGUCAAAGGAGAAAUGCAGCUCACUGUGCACUACUUGGACCCAGCUGUGGUGGUCCCUAAAGACUCAGAGGUCAUGCUCAAAGGAGAAGAUCUGACUGCAACCUGCAAUGCUCUGUCCUCCCUGAAAACAUCCACUGUCUGGUACAAGGAUGGGAAGCAGGUUGGUCAGGGAAACACAUUGCACCUGCAGGACGCCACCUAUGAAACAUCAGGAGAGUACAUAUGUGAAGUGACCGUUCCCUCCCUGCCCGCCCUGCACACCAGCGGCUCCGUUCACAUCAUCGUCCAAGGUGGUCCCCAGCUGGUGGGAGUGGAGCAGGAGAUGCAGCUGGAGGAGGCGACAGGAAGGAUGGUGAACCUGAGCUGUGAGGCUCUGGGCUACCCGCUGCCCAGCAUCUCCUGGAACAUCAUCGGCAGUCAGAACUGGCAAGAGGUGAUAAACAAGGCAAACGACCACAUGACUCACAGUGUGGUGUCCGUCAAAGUCACCUCGGACAUCAGCGCUCUGUGCAACGCUUCCAAUGACAUGGGCACUGAAGCCAAGGCUUUCAGCAUCAAAGCUAUUCCCAGAGUCACUUCAGCUGCUCCUUUCUCUCCUGCUGAGGGCAGUGGGGUGAUCAUCGUGGUGAUCAUUCUGUGUCUGCUGCUGCUGGCCAUCCUGGGCAGCGUUCUCUACUUCCUGCAUAAGAAGGGGAAGAUCCCCUGUGGACGCUCAGGGAAACAGGAGAUCAGCACCAAAGAGAAGACCACCAAAGAUGACAUUGUUGUGGAGAUGAAGACCAACACAAAGAACGAGGAAGCUGUCCUCCUAAAGGCUGUCAACGGAGACAAAAAGGGCCCUAAUGACCAGUAAAGUCUCCGAUGGUUCAGCAGUGAUGUUGUGCAGCAGGAGGCAGGACACAUGAAGCCAGCAGUCUGUCUGUCUGUCUGUGUGUGUGUGUGUGUGUGCGCGUGUGUGUCUGUGUGAGAGACGCUCCCACUGAUCUGAGACCUGCAGGGUAACACCACCUCACAGUCCGGACAUUUUCCCCAUCAUGCUUUGUUCUCAGCAGUAUUCAGUAAAUUUACACACACACGCACACACAC